CAAGUUUCAAACGCAAAACGACUCUCAUGCUGGCGGGUGUAUAAGUAGUACACGCACUCAACCAAACGCACCGUCUUGCUUUCCUCCGCAAAGUCUCGGCGUUCAUGGCAGUCGCCGCCGUCGCCGCUUAGGCCACUGACUCCGACAUCAGAAGUUAGACGCAUACUAACAGUUAGAGGCCAGCACAAGGUGUACCAGAUAUGGAAUCCUGCAACUGGAGGACUCAACUGACCCCUGGGUUUCGGCAAAAGGUUCUCAAAAAUAUACUGGAGAAGUUACAGAAGCAUGUUCAAUCCACGGGACCACAGACAUUAUCAGAAGUUCAAAAGAUUGCUAUAAAGUUUGAGGAAAGGGUAUAUACAGCUGCCACAAGCCAGCAAGAUUAUCUGCAUAAGAUAUCGAUGAAGUUGCAGGCGGUGGUUGCAGUAAAUAAUAAUACUGCUGCUAAACCUUUGAGCUCCAGCUGUACCUGCACACAUGAAAAUCCUCGAGAUCCAGCAUCACAUUGUAUUCAGUCACGGGAGCAUGAACGAAGGCAAUCACCCUCUAUUCCAUUGGCUAAUCAGUCUCACUUACGCCAGCAACUGUUAUCCCAGAACACUCAGAAUAACAUUGGAUCUACUGUAGGGCAAAGUGCUGCCAAUCCCACAGCUGCUCCUAAUGCUGUUGGCCUGGAUCAAAAUUUGCAGUACAUCUCUGGCAUUUUGCAGGAUUCCACAGGAACAUCAAUGGGACAAGGGGUGCCUUCUAAUUCUCAAAGUCAUAUGCAAGGAGCCCCACAUUCAAAGAAACUUGUGCCCCAACAGCACCACCAAGAGUCUCAAAUUUGGAAAAAAUUUCAUCAUGAGCCACAAACUCACACCCAGCAGCAGCAGCAGCAGAAUCUUUCGCAUCCCACUCGGAUGCAAACUUCCCAGCAAUCUGUGAUGCAAGCAUCAUCUACUCAGCAGCCUCGUAAGAUGCAGUCAGUUCUAUCGUCUGGUCUUCAGCAGAAUAAGAAAUCUUCAAAAUUGUCAAUACAGUCUGGAGUUCAGCAACAUCCCCAGGCACUUACCAGGCAACACCGACUGCCUCACCAGGCCCCUGUUAUCCAUCAACAGCAAAUACCAAUGCUGCAGCAGACUAUGUUUCAAUCCCAACAGCAGCAGCUGUUAAUUGGACAACAAUCAAAUCCCACAAGCAGAGAACAGAUCCAGUCUGUCAAGGAACAAACUUGUGUCCCCAGCAUUCAGUCACGGCUGCAGUCGCAACAGUUAUUGGGUAAAAAAGGCGAUAGUUCAAAUGUGCAUCAGCACCAGUGGGGUGAGCAAAGUAAUGUGUGUGGACUACAGCUGCGGCAGCAAUUGCUUGGAGCCCAAUCUGGUGACUCUAGUAUAAAGAAUCAGUACUCCGAACAUAUGCUGCAACAAGCUGGGGUUGCAGUGCAGCAGUACACCCAGCAAAAACCUUCAAUCUCAGUCCCGACCCAAGGGCAACAGACAAAACCACAGCCAUCAGAGCAGCAAGCGCUGUCUCGAGUUCAUUCAAAGUUGGCAAAGAUACAGGAUGAGCCAAAUCCAUUACAGCAAGAACUUCAGACAUCAAGCACAUUGCUCUGGCCACAGCAUCUAAUUGAGCAGCAAAAGCAGUUGUUUCAACCUCAAAAUGUCUUGUCAGAACAUUCACCAAGUGUAAGCGAGGAGGCAAAUUUAGUUGAUUGGCGAGAAGAGGUCUAUCAGAAGAUUAAAAGUAUGAAGGACAUGUACUUACCCAAAAUGCUUGCAAUGCACCAAAAGGUUUCUGCUAUGAUCCCACAGCUGAAGGCAGACCAUAUUAACAGGUUUAAAGAAUUAAAAGUUACACUGGACUACCUAAUAGCAGUACUACAGCUAUCCAAAGAUAAAAUCCUACCCCCUCACAAGGAAAAGUUAAAUGAAUGUGAGAAGUGGAUCAUUGGUAUUCUAAAUUUAGCAAAGUGUAGAAAUCCUGCUUCUUCAUUGAAGCAAGAACAACUUUCAGAAACUGGAAUGGCCUCCCUGCAGCAGGUGCAAGAAUCUCAAACACCUAAAGUGCAGUCACAUGUAGACCAAAUGAUGACAAGCUCGAUAACUGUGCAUCAAAGCAAUGUGAAAGGCUUACAGCUAGGAUAUACGCCUUCUAUAUCUGAGUUUGAAACUACUCAGCGGGAAAAAUGGAAUUCACAACAAGGUCCAAAUUUAAUUUCAGAACAAGAAAAUGCAGUGAGUUCAUUGCGGCAGAUUGCUACAGGAUCUCAGCAAAUUCCUGGGGCCAUUAUUGAACAGGAAAAUAUUAAGACCUUGUCCCAAAUUGGCAUGACUAUGUCACAGCCAGAUAUUAAACCCAUUCAUUCAAAUUCGUGUAUGCAUGUGCAUUUGGAACAGAAAAAGGAUCGGCAAGUAAUACAAGCACAACUUCUGAAGCAAGAAUCUCAGCAACAUCAGGCAAAGAAAUUGGGCCAGCAGCAGUUGGCAGCACAGUCACGAAGAUGUGAAACACCACCGCGUUGGGUUAAUGAACCCAAUGACUCAAAAGUUGUACAUCGUGUGGGUGUUAAAUCACAGGCUCUUCUGCAUCAUUCUGCAAGGGAGCAGUUAAUGUAUCAUAAUCAGCAGCAAUUGAAAGCUGGAGCUUCAUUUCCUAUUAGCUCUCCCCAACUUUGUCAAAGUGCAUCACCUCAGGACCUUCAACAUUGUCCUUUGCAGAUCGGUCAGAAAAAUCUGCAAAAGUCCCUUACAAAAACUGGUAGUCUCUUGCAAUCUAGGAGCUCUCUUGUUGUUCCUUCUCUGCCAAUGUUGGAUCAGCCUGACACUUCAGGAGAAAAUGCUGGAAAUGUUGGGCAUCAACUUACAGGUGAUGCAUUGGUGCCAAUUGAACCUUUUGCCAUCUCAAGUACAGGCAUAUCGGCAUCACUCUUGCUUGCAGAGAUUGAUAAUGCAGACGGUAAUCUUGUUAAUGCUUCAGAAAACAUUUUCAGGCAGUCAUGUGAUGAGAAGCCAGUUCAACACCUAGUUAAAUUGGUGAACUCAAUCUCACAUGAAGCAUUAAGUGCUUCUGUAAAUGAUAUUUGGUCGGUCGUCAGUAUGAUGGAUAUGAUGGCGGGAUCAGCCCCUGGGAAUGGAUCUAGAGCUGCAGUUGGUGAAGAUUUGGCAGACACAGCUAGGUGUCAUCUUCAAGCAAAAUGUUUUUCCGGGCAGUAUGGGACUAAUGGGUUGGGAAUGAUGCAGCAGGACAGGAAUUUGAUGCCAUCAGAAACUGUUUCAUUUGGUGAUGACAUUAACGAUAGAUGUGAUUUGGAGUCAACUGCAACAUUCUGUGUCAAGAGGCCAAGGAUUGAGGCGCAUUAUGCUCUACUGGAUGAAAUAAGGGAGAUAAACCAGAAACUAAUAAACACUGUGGUAGACAUCGGUGAUGAAAAUGUCGAUACAUCAGCAGCAGCUGCAGCUGCAAGUGAAGGUGGUGAAGGGACAAUUGUUAAGUGCUCUUUCAAUGCUGUGCCUGUUAAUCCAAACUCAAAAUCACAGCAUUCAUCUGCAGAAAUGUCAUCAAUUCUGCCCUUAAAAUUACUUGUUCCAACCAAUUAUCCGAACUGCUCCCCUAUACUCCUAGAAAAGCUGCCAGCAGAAGGCAGCAAGGACGAAGAUCUUUCCAUGAAGGCAAAGUCAAAGCUCAGCAUCUCUCUCCGAAGCCUCAUGGAACCUGUGUCACUGAGGGAUAUAGCAUGGAAUUGGGAUGCUUGUGCUCGAUCAGUUAUUUGUGAGUAUGCAGAACAGAAUGGUGGAGGGAGCUUCAGCUCAAAAUAUGGGACUUGGGAAAACUGCCUCAGUGCUGCGUGAUGAUUCUCUGAACAUUGUCCAACAAAACGAAGUUGUUUUCUUCUCUCUUCUUGUGCAGGUGCACCAGGGAACCAUCUUUCUUGGCAAGGUGGAAUUUGGCUUAAACUUUUUAUGUCAGUAACAUGGUUGAACUUGUGUAUGUUAAAAGAGUGCCAGCUCAAACGGUUGUAGUCUGGCCAUUUCUGUUUUGUUUUCUUGGCCCUUUAUAGAGCAGAAACCUAACUAUCAUGUCACUGUUCUUAAAUUUCAGAACAUACUUCGCAAGCCUUUGUUUUUCUUUCCUUUUCCAGGACCCUCUUGAGAAAGAAGCCAUCUUGGUCCUGGGAAGUGAAAAGAGCAGUUCUAUCUAUACCUAAUUUAGAUUUUUCUGAGAAUUAUUUUGAUGUCUACAGGUUAGCACAAUUACCAUCAACAGCAUAUGACAUCGUACCCUCUGAGAUUGCCAAAGCUUCUGCCACUGGUUUAGUGCAAAAGCUAAUGGACCAAAGCCGGCUGCCUUGUUUGUGAGCUUCUAAAAGAUUUCCAUACUUUCAGCAUUACUUAGUAAAUGCAUAUAUGUUAUCGUUUUUUUUCUAUUUUGUCGGCUCACCCGAAUAUGCUUGUUUAUGAUUGUUUGGCCCAACAAAUCAUUUUGCUUCUUGAAUCAAUGAAAAAAAAAAAAUGAAGAUGAGAAUAGAAGCCGAAAGAGAGGAAAUUUGACUUUGUUUAGAAAGAAUGAUAAAAAAAUGUUCCAUAAUACAGCUAGAAAAAAGUUUGUACUAACCAAAUUCUUUUACAUCAAGCUAUACUCACUUUGUUUACACAUCCUUACCAGUGAUAAGGAGGUGAUGUUAAGUGUGUAACUCUUUGAUUCUAUAUAUUUUGAUUCCAAAUUU